UCCCAAUUUGGGCUUUGGUAUAGCUGUUCAGUUUUCAUGGUGCGGAGAAGUAAUUUACUAGACCAAAUCAUAGAAUACCUCUCAAAAAUAGUAAAAUCAUUCUACAAGCUCAACCCCAAACUAGCUCGUAUGAAAAAAGAGAAUCCCCUUCUAGUAAGCAAGCAUGAUCACGUGUUCGACAAAUUGUGCAGUGUGAGGUUUAUAAUGAUGCAGGCGAUGCAUGGACUUAUCGUCACUAUACUGAGCACCUGCUUGCAUAGAGAUGACUCGAGGAAGAUGAUCGAGUCUAGUUUGUGCUUAGUUUCUAUAUACAACCAAAUGAUAGGUCUGAGCUACAAAAAGUUCGUAUCAAGAUUCAGCAUCUGCAGCAACACGUAUCCGAACACAAUAAGUGAAACCAAGGCCAUUACUCUGACGAAAAUUGUUCAAGUACUAGCAAAAAGUCGUGUAGAGAUCGAUUGCCACCGCCUGAUCAACUGUCUGGUCAAGAUGUACAAACCUGAAGACGAUUCCGACAAUGACUCCGGCGCUAGCACCGCGGAGAGCUUGGAGAUAUAUCAUACCCUAACAAAACACAUCACCCCAACAUCGUCCAUGUUUCGUGAACUGGCCGUGGACAAACGCCGUGAGGCUUUCAUAGAGCACAAGAAAUCCAAAAUGAAGCAUGCCCAGAGCCUCAUAGAACUUAAGAACGAGCAGAACAAGAUGAUCACGGGGGUGCUUUCUCAGAACUCGGACUGUGAGAUAGCGUAUACGUCGUUGUUGACUAACCAGUGUGUCUUGGAGAAUAUUUUUAAUUCUGAUGAAAAUGUAAAUAGCAUUCUACAGAGCGAAGAAAUUUACAUAGAAAUUCUCUUAGAUACGGUUGCAAAUAUGGCCCCCACGUUACUAGGAAAUAAUGGAGUUAAGAAAUUCAAGUCAGGUCGCGUGCAAGCAAGUAAAAAGGCAGCAAAGAAGGUGACUGAGUAUUAUCAAAAUAUUUUGUGGGGCGACGUCGGUAGCUGUUUAGAGCACAUUGUGUUGUGGUGGUCGUCAUUCCCCUUAGCUACAAGAUCCCCAAACACAAGUCAAAAUCUACGCGAAUGGCUUUUCGCUACUUUUAAAUCUAGCAAUACUCCCGAAUUAGUACUGGCUGCGUUAAGGAUUCUUGCCGACGCUUUAGGCUGCCAUGUAACCUCUACUUCGUGGGACAAACAUUUUAACGCCACCUUAACGACAGAUUUGACUGCAACAUCUCUAAAACAAUACCCUGAUCUCUCCAUCAAUGUAACCGAAGUCACAGCAUCAGGAGCCAAAUUCGCUCUUAUGCUGCAAGAUCUAGUUAUGUUGAAUAACCAGUGCGAAGUGACUUGGGAUUACAUACUGGGUGCACCGUUGGAAGACCUGCCGCUUGUGGAGCAAAUACCCAUUUUACAUAGACUUGAUCACUCCAUCCACACAUACCGACUGUGGUGCCUCGCGGAAACGCGGCGUCUCGCUAACCAAUGGCAGAUGGACGACUUCUUCAGAAUAACCCAGAAGGACAUGCAGGUGUGCAUGGAACAGCUGGUUAAUCUACGGUUUGCAGACCAUACCGCCACUAUUGAGUCAGGUAAAAUCGGAGUGCACGAAAAUGUUUGUGCAAAAAUGAGAGAAAAACUGGUCUCAGAAGUAAAAGUCAACACACAGAAAUUAAAGGAAGCAACGGAAGAAAUCACUACAGUUCUAGCAUCAGUGUGUGCGACUACAAGCUUGGCGCAUCUCACAAUGAUCUUCCCGAGCAACGCAGAGUGGCGACGCGUCUCGCACCCACCCACAGCCGAGCGCUCCAUCUACGUUCACGAAUUAUUAGAUAAAAUGAUGUUACCGGUGGUUAAAGCGACGGAAGACAUUACGACGUUGAACAUGAUUCUGCGAAUCAUGGGCGAGUCGUGGCUGCAUCACAUUUAUAUGGCCAAAGUCAAGUUUAGCAAAGACGCGGCAUCGCAGCUUUUAGCGGAUUUCAACGAAGUCUGCAACUGGUUGACGGAGUGCAAGCACCUCGCUGCCGCGGCCAGGAAACAGAUGCUGCAGAAUGAGGUGUUAAGGAGGUGCGAGGGCGUGGGACGCCUGUUGCUACAUGCGCCCGGCGACCUCAUCUCCAUGCAGGACUCCACCAUGCAGUCCGCGAGACGACGGAAAGACGAUAACGAAGCCCCAGAGCAGCUAAUGCCAGCAGAGAUGUACGUGCCGAACCAGAAACAGUGGCUUACGUUGCGCGCCAACAGGCUGAAAGGCUCGCUCGCCUUUACUUUGUGCUGUGUUGUUUUAUCAUAAACUAUAUAUGUAAAUGUACUGAAACUAAACUAAAUACAAGCAAAACAAUACAAUACU